AUGAUUACACCAUUCUUUACUAUAAACCAGGAUGAUGAGUUUAUAUUCAUUGAUGUGAAAAUUUCCCACAUUCGAUUCAGUAGUCAAAAUAUUGAGAUGAUAGUUGACAAUGAAUUAUUCAUAUUUUCAUUAAGUCCAUAUUAUUUGAGAAUCAGAUUACCAUUUCCUUGUAUUGAUGAUGAAAGGUCGCAUGCCCAAUUUGAUUCUAAAAGCGAAUGUGUUAAAAUCAAGAUUCCUAAACUUAACAAGGGGGAGUUCUUCCCGGAUUUAGAUUUAAGUUCCAAAUUGCUUGCUAGGUCAACUAAUGGAACUCAAGACGAGGCCGUUUUGAAAGAGAUCGGAGAAGUCGAGGGAGGUGCAAAUCAGACCUCAAAAAAUACAAUAACUAAACCCUUAAUUCAGGAGCUUGAUGUUAACAAUGAUUUAUCAUCAAAUCCAGGUAAUUUAGAGAAAGAUAUUGCGGAGGGUGAACAAUUCAAUUGGGAAGUCGCUCAGACAAUGCCAGAAGAGCAAAAUGACGAAAACUCUCAUAUUAACCUUACCAAGGUUAAAUAUGGAUUUAAUAAUGAGUAUGAAUCUGUAAUUGGUGUAUCAAUUGCUAAUGGAAAUGAUAUCAACGAGCUUGGGGAUCCUGAAGCAACUCCUGCCAGUGAUAGGAUUAUCGAAAGAUUAAUUAAAGAAAAUAUUAAAUUUGACCCAGAGUACUAUGCUGCCGAUUAUAUAAUGGAGAAGUUUCCUAGUCCUGACGAUGACAAAAUGUUUGCAGACUUGAUCGAAUGGAAGUCCCCGGUGACCAAAAAAGUCAUGAAAUGGUACAAAGUUCAAAAAGAACUUCCUGAAGAACAUAAGGAGCAAAUAAUGCACGUAGAAUUUAACAAAGAUGAGCAAGAAAAGAUGUUAAACCUACCUAGAAAAACCUAUUUGAUUAGUGAUGUUUAUAAACCUCAGUUGUUGGCACUUUUGGUAUCUUUAUUAUUUGCAUAUCACUUUGACUUACGGGAGACUGUAGGUGACCAUACAAUUGAAAGUGCAUGGACAAUUGGUAAAUUGACUCCUCAAUUUGCAUGUCUUGAUUCACAAAUCGCAAUACCUGGUGAGCAAAACAAAGAAAACUUUUUAAAAUCUACAGUGAUAACCAGUAUAAGAAGAGCCUUAUCAUUCCCGUUACAUAGAAAUUAUAAAUUAGUAUCGAAAGUAUGGGACGAUGUAUACUAUAACUUGAGAGGAGGAAAGCGAUUGAUAUUGAAGUCCUUACUAGACUUGAAGGAAUUAUUUCGCUAUCAUGACGUUUAUUACGUCUAUGAUAAGAUAUGGUUAGAAGAUUUAUGCUCUUGGAUUAUUAGUGAUCAAGUUACGGAAGGUAUGAUUAGAAAUUUGGCUCAUGAUUUGAAAAAGGAGUACAUGUCAUUGCCUAAAACAGAGAUAACGUUCGAAAAAUUAGAGAAAGCCGAUGGCAAUAGCGAUAUGAAUGAAGAUGACGAUGAUGAGAUGGUUGCAUUAAACAUACAAGAGGUUGAAAUAAUGGCAGAAGAGCUGUUUAGUCUGUAUCAAAACCAAUAA